AUGACACGCCGGGCCGCCAAUAUGUUUGUGUGUAUUAGAUUAGAUUUAUUCGACUGGGUCACGCACACUAGCGCCGCGCUACCCCGAAGGGGGUGCAUCGUCGUGGGGGCGCACCACUACACUCGCAGCGCCACCACCGCCCGCCAGAUGGUCGCACACACGCACGCCGCGAAAGGGAAAGCUACACUGUGUAAACAAAUCGCAGGAGUAAGUGCCGUCCCUCUCGGUUACAAAGCCGGUGUGUGUCACAUGAUUGUGUGCUGUCGACACGAUCCGACG